AUGCCUGUUUCUCAAACUCUUAUCCAUCAUCACCUUCAAAUUGAUCAUGUCUGUUUUCUUUAUGGAAAUAACACAGUAACAAGAGAACAUGUUUUUCAGGACUGUGUCAUUGCAAGAGCAGUCUGUUUUGUAUUUGUGGCAUGUUUGUAUUUUGGUUGUUGUUUCGCCUAUUACAAAAAAACACAGAGGAAAGCCCAGCCCGGGUCCAGAACAAGAUCAUGCGGGCAUCAGAAUCUACACCACCACCCUCCACGAAACGACGUCUUGGCCGACAGGAAAGGAAGCAAGAGACAAGCAAUGGCCAAGGGCAUGCAGAAGACCAUAUCCAAAACCUCAAUGCUCGUCAACUUCCUCCCUACCGGCACCCUCCUCACCUUCGAGAUGCUCCUCCCCUCCGUCUCCCGCAACGGCGACUGCUCCGCUCCGGUCACCACCCUCAUGAUCCUCGUACUCCUCGGACUCUGUUGUCUCUCCUGCUUCUUCUUCCACUUCACAGACAGUUUCAGGGGCUCUGACGGCAAGGUCUACUACGGGCUCGUGACCCCGAGAGGGCUGGCCGUGUUCAGGCAUGGUUUGGGAGAAGAGGUUCCGAAAGACGAGAGAUUCAAACUUGGGUUCACCGACUUUGUACAUGCGAUCAUGUCCGUGAUGGUUUUCUUGGCGAUUGCGAUGUCGGAUCACAGGGUGUCGGAUUGUGUGUUUCCUGGGCACGUUAAGGACAUGGAACAGGUUAUGGAGAGUUUUCCUCUCAUGGUUGGAAUUGUCUGCAGUACUUUGUUCUUGGUGUUUCCCACUACUAGGUAUGGUGUUGGCUGCAUGACAUCUUGAUAGUUUUUGUUCAUUGUUGACAUCUCAUUUCUCAAUGACGUAAGAAGUGUUUGUGUAAGAGAUCUAUU